AUGGACCGUUGCACCAUCACUGAUCCCGCACUGGAUGUGAGGGAUAUUGAGGCUGUUAUUUGGAGGGGAGAAUGUUUGUCUGCGAUGCCUGGGGAUAAGCCCUCUUCGUGGAAUCUGGACACGCCUCCCAACAACACGACGGAUGCGAGGAACCCGGAGGAGACACACCUAAGCGUUGCCAUGCAUGCGGCAUUGAGGUGCCUCGGCAUGCGGGUGCAUCUGGAAGUGACUGAAAAGGGUAACGCCCGUUGUGCCCCAUGCACGGCCGAGGCGACGAUUGCGUGGGCCACUCGACCCUACGCUGAGGGAAACGUUAUUUGCCGUGACCACGCGCAGGUGUGCACGAUAUCCGCCACCAGCGGCAGCCUACUUCCAGUGAUUCCGUGGGACGGCGAGGAGAGAGUGUGUGGAGCAGGACGGUUUCACCGGCAUCUACUGAACAGGGAUUGCCAGGGGGCAUCCGUCCCCGUUGCGGAGAGCAUUGAGACCGGCCGUGGAAAACCAUCAAGGGACUUAGACACGGCUGCUCCCCAGAAGCAUCCGUCGCCGGAGGAGAGGGAAGUUGCCUCAGGUGCCACGAUGGCAACGGUGUGA